AUGACGCGUAAACGAAGCAGAGACUCGGCUGGCGCUGUUAGGAGCGGUUUAAUGCACAGAUUUUUGGUUUUAGUCGCAUUUUUCAGCGCAGAUUUGCCGGUGUCUGCCUGUGAAGGAAUCAGUCCGCAGAGGUGUCUCGUCUGGGGUCCAGGUCUGAGAGCGGAUGCAGUUUUACCAGUCCGGUACCUUUUUAUUCAGGCCGUCAACUCUAAAGGAGAAAACCUGACGUUGUCUCCAGGUAAAGACACAUUUAAAGUGAAGAUAAGUCCACUAGACAACAAGGAGUACCUUCGUGUGCACGUCCCCCCACCUCUGGACAGAGGAGACGGGUCUUUCCUGGUUCGGUACCGUCUGUAUGGGUCCACAAUCAAAGGCCUGAGAGUAGAAAUCCUUCACCAGGAUGCUGCUGUGGCCCAGUCCCCCUACAUCCUCCAGGGUCCAGUUUAUCAUGAAUACUGCGACUGUCCCGAGUCGGAUGUGUCACUCUGGCAGAGCAUCAUGCAUUGUCCCGCAGAGGAACCCCAGAUUCAGGCAGAUUUCACGUCAUUCCCCACCGUCGACCUGCACCAUCUUCGACAGGAAGUGCCUCGCAGAUUUUCCAACAGAGGCGGCCUCAUUCACUACGCUGUCGUCGACAACAAGGUGCACCGGCGGAUGCUGGGGAAGUACACCGACUUCAAGAUGUUCUCCGAUGAAAUGUUGCUGUCUCUAACGAGGAAGGUGAGACUUCCUGACGUGGAGUUUUUCAUCAACGUAGGCGAUUGGCCGUUGGAGACGAGGAAGGACGGAGCCGUUCCCAUCUUGUCGUGGUGCGGGUCCACAGAAACUCGUGACAUCGUCCUCCCUACGUACGAAGUCACGCACUCCACUCUGGAGACCAUGAGAGGCGUUACGAACGACCUGCUGUCUGUUCAAGGCAACACAGGGCCUCCGUGGGCUAAUAAAACUGAGCGGGCGUUUUUCCGUGGGCGGGACAGUCGAGAGGAGCGUCUUCAGCUCGUCUCUCUGUCCAAGAAGAACCCGGAGCUGCUGGACGCCGGUAUCACAGCGUGGUUCUUCUUCAGGGACAGAGAGAAAGAUGUGGGCAAAGCUCCGCUGAUUGGCUUCUUUGACUUCUUUAAGUACAAGUACCAGGUGAACGUGGACGGAACCGUCGCAGCGUACCGGUUUCCUUACCUGAUGCUGGGGAACAGUCUGGUUCUGAAGCAGGACUCGCAGUAUUACGAACAUUUCUACAGCCGCCUAAAAGCAGGGAGCCAUUACGUUUCGGUGAAAAGAAACCUGUCGGACCUUUUGGAGAACAUCAGAUGGGCCAAAGAGCACGACGCUGAAGCGGAGGAGAUCUCCAGAGCGGGACAGGAAGCAGCCAGAGAGCUGCUGCAGCCUAGCAGGUUGUACUGCUACUACUACAGAGUCCUGCACGAGUACGCUGACAGACAGACGGGACGGCCGACGCUACUCGCUGACAUGGAGCUGGUGCCGCAGCCAGACGACCACACCGCUACGUGCACGUGUAAACAGGACACAAAAGACAGUGACGCGAAAGAUGAACUUUGAUGAACUUUUUGUUAUUCUUUAACUGUUUUUAUAUAAAACAUUCCUG